AUGCCCUUCAGACUGCACUUCAGGAUCCCCUGGUUCCAGUACCCCAUCAUCUAUGACAUUCGUGCCCGGCCCCGCAAGAUCUCUUCUCCCACAGGCUCCAAAGACCUUCAGAUGGUGAACAUUUCCCUGCGAGUGCUUUCCCGCCCCAACGCCCUGGAGUUGCCCAGCAUGUACCAGCGUCUGGGGUUGGACUAUGAGGAGCGGGUGUUGCCCUCUAUUGUGAAUGAGGUGCUCAAGAGUGUUGUGGCCAAGUUUAACGCCUCACAGCUCAUCACACAGCGGGCCCAGGUGUCCUUGUUGAUCCGGCGGGAGCUGACAGAGCGGGCCAAGGACUUCAGCCUCAUCCUGGACGAUGUAGCCAUCACAGAGCUGAGCUUCAGCAGAGAGUACACGGCCGCUGUGGAGGCCAAACAAGUGGCCCAGCAGGAGGCCCAGAGAGCUCAGUUUCUGGUGGAAAAGGCAAAACAGGAACAACGGCAGAAGAUCGUCCAAGCAGAGGGUGAAGCUGAGGCCGCCAAGAUGCUCGGGGAAGCUCUGAGCAAGAACCCUGGCUACAUCAAGCUUCGGAAGAUCCGAGCUGCCCAGAACAUCUCCAAAACUAUCGCCACAUCUCAGAACCGAAUCUAUCUCACUGCUGACAACCUCGUGCUGAACUUACAGGAUGAAAGCUUCACGCGGGGAAGUGACAGCCUCAUCAAGGGCAAGAAGUAGAGAGCUCCUCCUGACCUCGAGAAAGCUGAUCUAACCCCCCCUGGUUAGUCUUGGAUGAGCCGGCAGAUGGGUCCACCUCCCUCACCCCACCAUCAUGUGACUUUCCUCCACCAUCACCAUCCACCACCCCCUCCCCAACUCGUUGGAUAAAUGAAGACUGACAGAUGUUCCUUCCCCUAAUCCCCCUCCCCAUAUUUUGCUGGGGGCCUGGGGUAUAAGGACUGUGUGAUUUCUCAGUGAUUUCCUCUCUAGCUGGUUUCCCUCCAAGGCCCGGAGGAGAUAGCAGCUAUCCCGGGAAUUCUCAAUAAAUUUUUAUUACUUAAAAAAAAAAAAAAAAAAAAAA